AAUUUCGAGGCUGUGUGCUUAUGACGAAAUGUCACUCAACUUGUACUAAUUAAGAAUCAACCUGAUGUAGACUGGGAGUCCGCAAACACGUCGUAACCAGGGAUUAUCCACUUUGCAACGAUAUAUUGAAUAAAGCACAUGAUAAAAGUAUUUUAUUUUGCGCACACCUUGGGCUUGGCACUUAAUUUUCAAGAGAUAUCUGGGGCCUAUAUUAACUUAGUGAAAUUUCGAGGAAACAAUUGCUUCUCACUUGGCAGCAGGGGCAGAAUGAAAAUCAGUGAACAACCAAGCAACAUCUCAGUGCUUACUGCGACUUUAUAUGGUGCAAGCAUGUCAGUGUUAUCUUUGAUUACUCUAUUUGGCAACGGCUUAGUCGUAUUAGCGUUUAUAAAGUUCAAACGCCUUCGCACGAUACCUAACUACUUUAUUAUUAGUUUGGCAACCGCUGACCUACUUGUACCGCUGUUGCGUGAAAUUUACGUCAUCGUAGCAUCGUUCAUGCGCCGCUGGCCAUUCGGAGAGGCCUGGUGCCAGGGAAGUGCGACGUGUAGUUAUAUAUUAUGUGCUUGCUCAAUAGCACAUCUCAUGUGCAUAAGUCUGGAGCGAAUGCUAUGUAUAAAAUAUCCUUUCUAUUACAACACUCAUAUAACAUCAAACAAAGCUAUUAUGAUUAUUCUUAUUUUAUGGCUACUGUCGUGUGUUAUUGGAUUAUUCCCUCACUUUGGACUGGGUGAUAUACUAUAUAAUCCUCAACUUAUCGAAUGCGAAGUAAAUUGGAAUACAAGGUCACGUGAUAAAAUUCUGGUCUCGCUAUUGGUCAGCUUUUUCUUCGUACUUCCACUUGGUAUAAUGAUAGCAUCAUAUGGCGCGAUAUUUUCCAUAACCCGGAAACAGGUGCGAAGGAUUAGCGUGUUAGAAACCAGGUUUUCAACUGUUUCUCCACUGCGUCGGGAAAUAAAAGCUGUGAAAACAAUCAGUGUGAUAGUUGGAGUGUUUUUUGUCAUGUGGUUGCCGUACUUUUGUGCGACAAUAUCUCGAGUGGUUACGCGAAAGAAAGUACCGGCAGAUUUACUUCGUUUAUCUCUAGUGCUGGGGUAUGCCAACAGUUGUUGUAACUGGAUCGUAUAUACGUUGAUGAAUCGUAAACUGCGAGUUGCUUUCAAAAGGAUAUUGCGUUGUAAGAUAACCCAAGUCGGUCCUCUAGAUGAUUGCUCUCUCCGUGAACACAAAGGUGGUGAAAAUCUCCCGCAGAGAGAACAAUCGCUGAACUGAAUAAUCUGCCUUUAUUUUCCUUUUAUUUUUCGUACUAUC